AUCCUGUACUGCGACGUCCAAGUUAUUCAAUUACUCUCGAGUCAACCUAACUUUCACAACGAGGAUUGUAACAUCAUGUCUACCCUUACGACCAAAGACAUUGAAAUUGCUACGCGUGCAGCAGACCAGUUUCAAAGGCUGUACUACGCGACAUAUGACUCUUCGACGCGUGUAGACGAUCUACCAAAGUUCUAUCGCGCAUCCUCUGCCGUUGUAUGGAAUGGCACGCCGUACCAAGGAUCUGACGGUGUGCGUGACUUGCUCAGUAGAAUGCCCAUAACAAGACAUGAAGUGCAAUCGUUUGACUGUCACCCCAUUCCUGGAAGCCAACCACCUUCACUCCUCGUAACAGUGUCUGGAACUGUUAUUCACGGACGUGGCCCGCAAGGAAAUCCGGCCAGUACGUCCAGCAAAUCGGUGGAUGGUCAACCUCGCGUAUUCUCCCAGACGUUCAUGUUGGUUCCCGACUCGAGUGCUGCCAAAACUACUGCAGGAGAAGUGGCGAAGUACUACAUUACAGCGGACGCACUACGGUUUGUUGGCUAGGAUUACCGUGGAAUCCGGUUACUAUGCCUUCAGGUCUUUCAUGCAGGGCAUUCAACAAUAUACAUGCGCAGCACAUGAUCAUCGACAUUAUACUCGCAAAAUGCAAUUUCUGCAUCAAGAUGCGAAUCGUCUCGGGUCAACGUCUCACUGAAAGGGCUCGCCAGGUUACAGUACAUGCCGAGAUGAUUAAUAGAGAGGAUGAAGUGUAUGUACAAGCAGUAUGGUGGUGUGGUAAUAAUGAUACAAAAUGAAUACGAAGGGCAAAUAGUGAUGGUAUCA